GGAAAAACCUUCUCUCACAGCUCAGCCCUUUCUGUACAUCAGAGAAUCCACACAGGGGACAGGCCCUAUGAAUGCCGUGAGUGUGGGAAAACCUUCAAUCGCAGUUCGCACCUUAUUAGUCAUCAAACAAUCCACAGAGGAGAGAGGCCCUAUGAAUGCCGUGAGUGUGGGAAAUGCUUCACUAGCAGCUCAAACCUUUCUCAACAUCAGAGAAUCCACACAGGGGAGAGGCCCUUUGAAUGCCGUGAGUGUGGGAAACGCUUCACUAGCAGCUCAAACCUUUCUCAACAUCAGAGAAUCCACACAGGGGAGAGGCCCUUUGAAUGCAGUGAGUGUGGGAAAAGCUUCACUAGCAGCUCAGACCUUUCUAAACAUCAGAGAAUCCACACAGGGGAAAGGCCCUAUGAAUGCCGUGAGUGUAGGAAAACCUUCAAUCGCAUUUCACACCUUAUUAGGCAUCAAACAAUCCACAGAGGAGAGAAGCCCUAUGAAUGCCGUGAGUGUCGGAAAUGCUUCACUAGCAGCUCGGCCCUUUCUGUUCAUCAGAGAAUCCACACAGGGGAAAGGCCCUUUGAAUGCCGUGAGUGUAGGAAACGCUUCACUAGCAGCUCAAACCUUUCUCAACAUCAGAGAAUCCACACAGGGGAGAGGCACUUUGAAUGCAGUGAGUGUGGGAAACACUUCACUAGCAGAUCAGACCUUUCUCAACAUCAGAGAAACCACACAGGGGAGAGGACCUUUGAAUGCCGUGAGUGUGGGAAAUGCUUCACUAGCAGCUCAAACCUUUCUCAACAUCAGAGAAUCCACACGGGGGAGAGGCCCUUUGAAUGCCGUGAGUGUGGGAAAAGCUUCACUCAAAGAUCAGUCCUUUCUAGACAUCAGAGAAUCCACACAGGGGACAGGCCCUAUGAAUGCACUGAGUGCGGGAAAACCUUCAAUCGCAGUUCGCACCUUAUUAGGCAUCAAACA